AUGGAACCGAAAGUAUUACUUCUUCUCAAUUCAACGCUAAUCAUUAUUAUAUCAUUUCUGACUGAUUACUGGAUCAACAUCAGUUAUCAUAUUAAUAAUGUUCCAACGCAAUGUCACCUAACCAAUUAUGUUUAUUAUUCCACUCUACAAUGCGCCUUACAGUAUCGAAUACUUAUCACACAACAUUCUAAUCUUUUUCGACAAUGUAAUGAUCUUACAGGAUAUAAAUGUGAAUUGCAAUCACUGAACCGUUUCGUUUCAGAGGGUAUACGCGGUAAUAUUUCACGUUGGGGUCUAUUGUAUGCGCAAAGUUGUUCAUCAUUCAUCUGGGAUCGUAAGUGGCGAUCGCCAGCGUGCAAUCCGAUAAAUGACAUACUGGGAUUGGGUUUGGGCGCGUUGGGCUUAUUCUUGUUACCGAUUGGUAUUUAUUGCAGUCGGAAUAAUGAGAAUACACUGAGAACUGCAUUCGCACUCGGCGCUUCGACAGUGUCAUUCGCUGGUGCGGUGGUUUUAUCACUCAUCAAUAUACAUCAAAUUAAUGUGCAGCAGUCUGAGACAACGAUGAUCGAUUCAAUUGUUGAUGAGUGGGUUCAUGCUGAACCAGGAUGGAGUUUGCUGAGUGGUGCGUUGGGCUCGAUACUGUUGGCCGUUUGUGCGUAUCUGUACAUGGCUGCCACCAAACGGAAACGAUUUCGACAACGCAGUAUGAGGAGACGACGGCAGAUGCAAACCGCGAUCAUGUCCAGCUGUAAGCAGGAAGUGGCUCUGGCGAUUCGUGCUAAGAUGACUGUGAUUUGA